UGAGAAGGCGGUUCGUGUAUGGUGAAUGACGCAGGACGAGAAACGAGUCUUGUCCUCAUUUGCUUCCCAGAACGAUUUCAGGUGCCGUCGCGGCUCCUUGUCUCUGCUCGGCGAGGCCCUUCUUGUGGACACGUUCUCGACUCAGGUUUUUGCCCUUUCAUCUCCGCCAUUUCUUCGCAGGUCUCUGUCAUUUCUCGGAACUCUUUCCAGUUUUCCACAGCUGCCUCCUUCGUAUUUUCUCCCUCUCGUUCACUCAUUUUUUCUCUCCCUUCUCUCCCCCCUGUCGUCCAAGGUCUCGCACACCUGCCCGGAGCCUCUCGUCGUGCAAGUGGAGGGCGGAGCGCGCCUCAAGCGAGCGCGCUGUCUGUCUUGUUCUCUCUCGUCUCUGCUUCUCCUUUCUGCUCUUCUUCCCCUUCCUUAGCUCCGCAGCUGCCUUUCUUUCUCUUUCCUCUCCUUCCCUCCUCUCCCGCCCUCUCUGCUCGCGAAACUCCCGUCGACGUCACGCCUCUUCGCCUCGCCCCUCACCUGUCCCUGUCCUUAUCGCGCAGCUCCACUUGCUUCUUCCCCUUUGCCUCUCCUUCUCUUUCUCUCUCUUCUCUUCUUUAUUCUCCUUCUUCCUCCCUUCCCCCUCAGUCUCCUUUUUCCUUCGCUCUCCUCCCCACCCUCUCCUCCGCGAGUGAGAGGUCCUCGGUCGACUUCGCUGGGGAAUUGAGGCCGCGUAGCCUGGGAUCGUCUCGAUUCUCUGGCUUUGACUCCGGCCACUCCUGCAUGGACGCGCUGGAUGCCAGCUGUCUCCUAGAUUUCUUCGAAGGCUCAAGCUGCGAACAUGGGGCAAGACAGCGAAAGCAUCAUCGACGCGCUCCGCACGGUGACUUGCGGGAAAGUCGAUGACGGCACUCUCGAGUACAUGGCCGGCAUGCUGGAGGAAGAGGGCGUCGCGCGCCUGUCUGUGGACACCGCUUGCGACCUCAUCGGUGACUUUCUCCACGACGCAGGCGUCUCAAAGAACGACAAGGAGACCCGCGCUGUUUGCGAGAAGCUGCUGAGUCUGUUGCGCAAGGAUGCGGCGCCGCGAGACAACGCGGCGGGAGGACCGAGCGAACAAACGCAAGGAGGAAACUCCACGGAUGACCUCGAUGGCUCGGGUGUCAAACGAGCUGAUGGAGAAGGUUCGCUGUCAAAGCCUCGAGACUUUGCGACGCCGAUGAAACUUGGCGACAUGGCGGGUCACAGCGGUCGUUCGUUCGACGAUCCGUUUCUCGGCUUGCACCAGAAUUCGGCAAAAGUCAAUUACAACGCGCCCGUCCUGUACGGCACAGACCCUGAGGGUGCCGCAGCCGCUGCGGCGGCCGCCCAGCAGCAGCAGCGCCUGCAACAACAGCGGGAGCGCCACUUGCGUCAGUUGAAGGAGUGGGAGAAAAACAAGCCUCCGCUGCCACCCCCCAAGAGAAAGCAUGGCGACAAACAACUCAAGAAAAUGGGCGAAGGCAUUCUCGUCGACAGUUUCUCCAUCGCGGUCGCAGGCCGAGAGCUGCUUAUCGAUGCACAGCUGAAACUCGUGAAGGGACGCCGCUACGGGCUUGUCGGCAGAAACGGUAUCGGGAAAAGCACCCUGCUUUCUGCGCUGGUUCGCCAGGAAAUCCACGGCGUCGAUCCAGACAUCGCAAUUGGAAUGGUGGAACAGGAACACCUUUGGGGGUCUGAGACUGUGCUCGACGCGGUGCUGGCCGUCGACGAGGAUCGCCUGCGCCUGUUGGAAGAAGAACAAGUGCUUCUGAAACAAGAAGAUCAAUCCGAAAAGGUUGGCCGACGCCUCGGAGUGAUCUACGAGAGACUCCAAGAGAUCGAUGCAGCGAAUGCGGAGAAGACGGCGGCAACCAUUCUCCGGGGACUCGGCUUCACAGAGAGCAUGCAGCACAUGAAAGUGACGGCGCUAUCAGGAGGCUGGCGCAUGCGCGUGCUCCUCGCGCGCUGUCUGUUUAGCGACCCGGACGUUCUGUUGCUCGACGAGCCGACGAACCACUUAGACUUGGAAGCCGUCCAGUGGCUGACGAACUACCUGUCCGUGAGCGAGGGUCCUGUCGACGGACAGACGAUGCGCUGCGGCAAAGACAAAAUCGUCAUUGUUGUUUCGCAUGCUCGUGAAUUCCUCAACGAUGUCUGCACAGACAUGAUUCAUUUCACGAACCAAAAUCUAACUUACUACAAGGGCGACUUCGACACGUUUGAGUCUGUCCGAGCGGCGCAGCUCCUUCAGCAGCAGCGCCAGGCAGAGGCGCAACAAGCUAAAAUCAAGCACGUGCAAUCCUUCAUCGACAAAUUCCGAUACAACGCUAAACGCGCGUCUUUGGUGCAGAGUCGCAUCAAGCUUCUGAGCAAGCUGCCGAUGCUGGACAUGGUUGCGGAGGAUCCUUCGCUCCACUUCAACUUCAAAGAGCCAGAGGUUCUGGCUGCACCCCUGCUGCAGGCCGAGGAAGUCUCCUUCAGUUACGCGCCGAGAAAGAGCGACGAAGAAAGCGAGGGCGCCGCGGAGGAUGCGGAGACAGACGACGCGGAGCCAACCGCCGGGGCAUCGCCGAGCGAGAAAGCGGACGAAAAUGCUCGGGGGAAGGAGGGAGGAAAACUCAUUGUUCGAGGCCUCAAUCUCAACGUCGACAUGGACUCCAGAAUCGCUCUCUGCGGUGUGAACGGAAGCGGGAAAAGUACGAUUUUGAAGCUUCUCGUUGGCUCGGAGCAGCCGACAAAGGGCAUGGUGCACCGAAACGGCAAACUGAGGAUUGGCUACUUCACGCAGCAGCACGUGGACCAACUGGACCUGACUCUCAACGCCGUUCAGUCUCUUCAGAUGAGGUAUCCGGAGGCAGGCCUCAAAGACGAAGCGGCACGCACGUACUUGGGGCAGUUCGGCAUCAGCGGCCUGCUAGCGCUCGAGCCUCUCUAUAUUCUUUCUGGAGGUCAAAAGAGCCGUGUCGCCAUCGCCCUCAUGGCCUUUAACAAUCCCCACAUUUUGAUUCUCGAUGAGCCAACUAACCAUCUCGAUUUGGAUGCUGUCCAAGCGCUGAUUGCGGCUCUCAACAACUUCAAAGGAGGCGUGCUCCUGGUCAGCCAUGACAGCCACUUGCUCUCGUGCGUCGUCGAAGAAAUUUUCUACAUGGACGAGCAAGCUCACAAGUUGCAAAAGUAUCACGGCGACUUCCUGAAGUAUCGCAAGGAGCUUCUGAAGAGGGCAAAAACCGCAGCAGCCGCGCAAGCGAAUCACUGACACCAGGAAGGACGGCAGAGUCUCUACGGGGGCGACCGAGCCCAGACAGGUGCAGGGGAUUUAGUUUAGCCACCUGCAAGUGAAAAAUGGUCAUGUUUGCGGCAUGCAGGCGUGCGGUGUGUGCUUUUUCCCCCGGGUGACAAGACGAGGGCAGAAGCUUUUGUUGAGAGCCCCAAUGAACAUCGACAGGCAGUUUUUUUUUUCUCAGCCGUGCGUUGUGCAGGGGCCAUUCGAACCUGUUCAGAUGCCGGUUGUACCUCGACACGCAUGCGCUUCGUUUAAGGCACAUGCAUUUGUCCACCUUUACACUUGGACGUUUUUCUGUCUAGGUAAAAACGGUGGGAAGCGUCAACGGCACUUGUUUUUCUCUUUUUUUCAACUGGUCUCACGUUGUUGGGUCCUUUAUACGUGGAAUGGCUC